ACAGCGCGCCUGAGAGAGCACUCUGGAAAGUAAUUACAGUGUUGGAAAAGAUGAAGGCUGCUGCUGAUUGUGGUCUAGAGAGGGCUUCUGAGUAUGUGGAGAUGGACGAAGAGCACAGUGGGUCUCACGUUGAAGAGAUGCUCACGGCCUCCAACAUGCAGUCCUGGAAACCAUGGAGACCUGCCCGAUCAAUGGUCAAAGAGGGUGUCCAGUGGGUCCAGGCUACUGUGAGCUCUGUGGUGGGUCUGCACUGGCUCUCCUAUGUGGCUCUGGGGAUUCUCACCGCCCUCCUGAGCUUCUGCAUGAACCUCACCGUGGCCAAACUGCUGCGAGCUCACCAGUGGCUGUCCAGUCGUCUGGAGGGCCAUGCUGUGCUGCAGUUCCUGUGCUGGACCCUGUACCCUGCCUCCCUGUGCGCCCUCUCCUCCAGCUUCUCCCACAGCAUCUGCCCCUACUCCGCAGGCUCUGGGAUUCCGGAGGUGCGGUGUAUGCUGGCGGGGGUGGAGCUGCCAGACUACCUGUCCCUGUCGCACCUGUUUGCCAAGCUGGUGGGACUCACCUGCUCGCUGGCAGCUGGCAGCACCGUGUUCCUGGGGAAAGUGGGUCCAUUUGUCCACUUAUCGACCAUGCUGGGCGUGUAUUUACACCGUCUGUGUGCCUCUGCCGCCGGAGUGAAUGUGAAAGAGGGGAGACCUAAACAGGAGAUGCUGGUGGUAGCUGCUGCUGUAGGUGUGGCCAGCUGUUUCGGCGCCCCCAUCAGUGGCGUGCUGUUCAGCGUGGAGGUGACAGGCACCCAUUACGCGCUGAGAGAUUACUACCCCAGCAUGCUGGCCACUGCCUGUGGAGCGCUCGCCUUCCGCCUGCUGUCUGUCUGCAGCGGGGAGCAGGAGACGGUGCAGGCUCUGUUUAAAACCACUUACUCCGCUCGCCUGCCUUUCCAACCUGCUGAGAUGCUGGCAUUUGCUGUUUUGGGGAUUCUGUGUGGUGCUUUGAGCCGUGUGUAUUUGCGCUGUCACCGCUGGAUCCUGCAGAUAACAAGAACCAACGCAGUCCUCUGCACAAUUCUUGCCACUGAGAAAGCAUUAUAUUCAGCUGGUGUAGUGUUCCUCCUGGCGUCUGUAACGUUCCCGUUGUCUGCUGGACAUUUCAUGGCUGCCAAGCUCUCCAUGAACCAGCUCCUCUCUUCACUGCUAGAAGAGACACAGUGGUACAUGGUUUCCCAGAAUGCAACAGUGCCACAGGAGACUGGAGAUUCUCUUUGGCAAGCAUGGAAUCCAUCUGGAACCACUAUCUAUGCCACGCUAGGAGUAUUUCUCCUCAUGAAGCUGUGGAUGCUGGUCUUGGCUUGUACCUUACCUCUUCCCGCUGGAUAUUUCAUGCCUGUCUUCAUCUAUGGUGCUGCAGUGGGGCGUUUAAUGGGUGAGGGCUUGGCUCACGCCUCCACAAAUGGGCCCUCUUCACAGGGGACGGCGUGCGCCAUAAACCCAGGGGGCUACGCUUUAGCCGGGGCCGCGGCGUUCUCGGGAGCCGUGACUCACACGCUCUCGCCCGCCCUGUUGGCGCUGGAGCUGACCGGUCAGCACACCCACGCCGUGCCCAUUCUGCUCGCCACGCUGCUGGCCAACGCACUAGCUCGUGCCCGCCAUUGCCCGUCCUUCUACGAUGCUAUCGCAAUCGUUAAGAAGCUGCCCCACCCUCCCUCACUGUUCAGGACCUGUCCAAAGCUGUUGUCUGCGCAGUUGGGGCAGGUUGUGCAAGUCCCGACAGCUGUGCUGGAGAGCCAGGAAGGGGUGACCGGCGUCGAGAAGCUCCUUCGCUCAAGCACAGAGAUGAUAUUUCCAGUAGUGGACUCUCACGAGAGCGGGGUGUUGCUGGGCUCUGUGAGCAGAAUACAGCUGGAGGCUUUUCUGCAUGGCCGUGGAGACCAGGUGGAUCAAUGCUCUUUUCAGCCAGUAAAAAUCCAGCUAACUCCAGAGGCCACGAUAAAACAGGCCUAUUCUGUGCUGGGAGCUGUGCGUGAGCCGUGUUUGUUCGUGACCGAGAGGGGGAGGUUGGCUGGGGUCAUCACGUGGUCAGAGAUAAAGAGAAUUAUAGAAGAAUUCGUCAAAGACACAUCGCAGCACUAAAUGGCUGAAAAAGAUGAAAUCCAAUCCCAACCUUGCGAUUAUUAUUCAGAAAUCAUUUCUCCCCUAAGGGCUCUCUUAAGAAAUAAAAGAUGACAGAGAAAAAAAAUAAUAAUUUCCAUCCAAGCCCAGUGUUGAUAUUACUAUUUAUUCAUACUGUGCCUCUGCCGUAGAUCUUUUAAUUAGAUGAAGAACAGAUGAGAGUGCUGUUGAUUAAUUUGGUGUUAUGACUCAGACAACCCUUUAGAUCUCUCUCUGUUAUGCUGCUUCGGGUGUUAGCCGUAGGGUUGGUGAUAGAUGGGUGUUGAUAUCAUUCAUUUGUGCAUCUCGGCAGGCACAUAAGAUGCUUAAGAUUAAAAAUCUACUUCUUUUUUUUAUAACUGGAUGUCAUUAUCUCUGCUCCCUAGCUAUGCUAGUUUAAUGAAUACACAGAAGUGACAACAGACCUGGUUGGAAGACAGGAAAAAAGCAUUGCAAAUGAGCUUCAUUAGUGUGAAGAUGAAAUCAGACCAAACACUGUCCAAACGCUAUCACAUGCUGUGGCUAUUAUGAUCCAAAGCCUGAAAUGUCUCAUCUGUUUUGCGGCUUCAUUGCACGAGUUUGCACCCGGAAUAUGUUUUUGACUUCCCCAAUUUAGACCCCCUGUGCGUGAUGAUAAGAACUACCCAGUCAGUGUACCCUGUGUCCCUGUUGAGAAUGCCCAGGAGCUUGUUGAAGGGAGAGUGAAUAUAUAAACAGCACAGUCACAAAUGAUUAUGUAUGUCUUUCCUCAAGGUCAGUGUUUGACCUCUCUUUCUAACUGUCUAUCUCUCCUUUUUGUUUACUCAUACACUUUCUUUCAUGAGGUUUUUGGAAGUUCUUAGGGGAUCUCUUGCGCUGUACAUGUACAUUUACAAGUAUUCAUUUAGCAGACACUGCUGUCCAAAGUGACUUGCAUAUGUCAACUAUAUACUGUAACAAGGGAUUACAUUGUCCCUGGAGCAACUUGGGGUUAAGUGCCGUGCUCAAAGGCACAAUGGGGGAAGCCCGGGAAUUGAGCCCACAACUUUCAUGCUACUACAUGCUAGCCCCUUAAUCACUACCUUCCCAUUCACCCCCAUUUUUGUGU